UCAUAUCACUGGAAGCAGCUGAAAGCGAGUUUUGUUUGGAGAUGAGCAAUGGCAUUGUUGAACUGUCCUAAAACAAGAUCGAAACUCCAAACUUUUUACCGCGUUUCACUUUGAUUUUGCGGUGGAAUUCAACAGGAAAUCGAACUGACGACUCCCGAGACGAAAUUUCGUAACUCGGUUUAAAUAACGCGGCAGAACACCGUGGACAGUUUCGCAUUUGUGCGACAGUGCUGACUUUUCACAUAAUAUGAGGCAGUAUUUGAGGAUAAGCUCCAUUGUAUACAGAUCUCAGACAUGUGUUCUUAUCUUUGCCGUCGUCUUCAGUUGCGUUAUACGCUCAGGACAACAGGAGGUGGAGGAUCCUCACUCCUUUACUACAUUACUUCAAGUUUUGGAAGAUGACGAUAUAAGGGAGAAAAGAGCUGUCGAGCAGGAUGAUGUUUUGGACGAUGGCAGUGGAGUAUCACCUAGCGGCAAAGAUUUACCUGUGAUAGUGGAAAGUGAAGUAAAGAAGUUUGUGUUCAAAAAAGUCAGCAAAGUGUCUGUAGAUGUCGGUUCCACCGUGUGGGCUGUAAGAGGAACUGAAAUCACCGUGUCUUGUAGAGCAAGCUCCAAUUUUGACACUCCUAAGAUUUUGUGGUAUAGAAACGGGGUUGUGAUGACAGACAGAUUUCGAGUGAGUGUGGCAGCAAUAGACGGUAUUUUAAGAAUUCGUAGAUUGACUCGGUUUAACGAAGACACCUAUACAUGUAAAGCUUCAAACACUGCAGGAGAAAGGAGAGCCUUAUUCACCGCCAAGUUAUUCGAUCCUUCUUUACCUACGAUAAUUACAGCCGAAGGUGACGUCUCAUUUGGACCUAAUGACAAAGAAGCAGAAAUCACCAUAGGGAGUGACGUCACGGUUUACCAAGGAGCGAGGCUUACUAUACGUUGUCCUGCAGAUGCAACAGUCCCUGUUGUAGUUUACUGGACAGCACAGGGUCGUUCAGCGGAGAUUGGCAAAGCCGUAAAAGUUGGACAGGAUCUUGUCAUAACAGACAUUGACCAGAGAUAUGCUUUGGAAUACGAAUGCAAUGCCAGAUCCAGUAGAGGAAAAGCCCAGGCAACCUCGACUGUUAGCGUUAUAGCUUUGAAUCCUCCCAAGAUUCAAGCAGGAACAAAAGAUAUACGAGUCAUCGACGAGAAAAACAAAGAUGUCGAAAUAUACGUUGGAACGAAAUUAACCGUCAUCUCUGAGACCCAGGUGACAGUACGUUGUGUUUCAGCAAUGGAGCCGUCCCCUGCCAUAAGUUGGAAAAUUCGUGGAAAAAAGCCUGGUUUGAAGAAUGGUGUAACUAUUAGUGAAGAUAAUUCUACUCUUACUAUCAGUUAUCCUGGAGUUGAGGACUCCGGGGAUUAUAUGUGUACGGCCAGCAAUAAUGUUGGACAGGAUUCCAAGUCUUCGAAGAUUAAUAUUUUACCUCCCGAACCUCCAACGAUACGUUACUCUGACAGGAAAAUAACUUCCCUUGGGCCCUCUGAGGUCAUUGAAGCCACAAUUGGCGACGAACUGAUCUUGCUUGCUGGUGCAAGUAUACUUAUCACAUGCCCCACAUCUGGACUUCCUACUCCAACCGUACAGUGGAAGAAAGAUGACAAAGACCUGGCAGAGUUUGGAAGAACACUGAAGAUAAAUAACGUCACUAAAAUGGACACGGGAACCUUUACUUGUGAGGCGAUGAACAGAGCUGGUCGAAUCAGUCGAACCAGCAAGUUAACAGUGAUUGCUUCUGAAAAGCCGCAGAUUGAAAAAUCGACGGGGCGGGUAACUGGUAUAGCUAUCGAAGAAGCAGUUGUUAAGAUUGGCCAAUAUCUGCGAGUAGUGGAGGGUUUGAUCGUUCGUGUAGUGUGUCAAGUCCGUGGAUUCCCUACUCCUGAAGUUUCAUGGUUUCUAAACGAGCGGAUGCUGAAAACUUCAGGACGAUUUCUGAUUGACAGUCGUUCUAGCUCUUUGAUUGUGAAUGGUAUACAGGCUCAGGAUGCUGGUGAGGUGUCUUGUUUGGCUGAAAACAGCGCAGGAAAAGACACAGCAUCCACUUUUGUCAGCAUCAUAGGUAAAAGCGGUGCUGAAAUUCAGUCCGGGAAUAAUUCUGUGAAGUCCAUUGAAGGUCAAGGGGAAGUGAGCAUUCAGAUCGGUGACAGUUUACAAGUGUUAUCAGGCUCAGAUGUGUCUAUUGACUGCCUGGCAAGUGGAACCCCUUCUCCAGUGAUAAACUGGCGCUGGAAUGAACGUCAAGUGUCCUCAACAGGACGAUUUGUUAUUAAAGAGAUAGCUGGAGGGUCUCGUCUCAUUGCGAGGAAGCUGACAUUAGGGAGUGCUGGACAGUAUCAAUGCACUGCCUUCAACGUCGACGGUUCAGACAGAGUCACAUCAACUGUAACUGUAAUAGAGGCACUCGUGCCAAAAAUUGAAGUCUCCUCCACUUCCGUCAAACAAAUCGUCGACUUGAGUCUGGUCUCUGUUAUAAUUGGAACACGUGUUACUAUUCUGCCCGGUGCGCCACUCGUGAUCACGUGCCGCGCGUUUGCAAUACCUAAGUCCACGAUCAGUUGGCUGAGAAAAGGCAAAAAGAUCACUUCUUCUGAAAGGUUCUCUAUCAACAGCACAACUCUUGUCAUUCACCGUACUCAGCGAGACGAUAGCGGUUCUUUCACUUGCCUUGCCCAAAACACGAUUGGAAAGGAUUCAGCUUCUUCGAUGCUUGACUUCAUUGAACCAAUAAGCCCGAGAAUCACCCAGACUGGGAAAGAUUUAAAGAUAGAACAAUUUGUGAGACUGUCAGAGGCUGUAGGAGGUAAUAUACUAUGUAGAGAUGGCAUAUAUUUGGAGUUGACGUGCUCUGUGGAGGGGUUACCUACACCAAAGGUAACUUGGUUGCGUGGGAGUACGAAGAUUGGCACAGGUAGAAAGUUAAGCCUUGGAAUUCUACAGGAGGAAAGCUCUGGAAAUUACACCUGUUUGGCAGCAAAUAUUGCAGGAGAUACGAGAAAAACAACUCGGCUGACUGUCAGAUCAUCAAUUCCACCUGUGAUUCAAUCAGACGAAAAAGUUUUAAAAUCGUUUGAGGAGGGCAUGUAUCUUACGGUAAACAUUGGAACGAGGUUACAAGUUAUACAAGGGACUAGAAUUGAUCUUAUCUGUCGUGUUACGGGAUUCCCAACUCCUCGAGUAAAUUGGGUUAAAGGAAAUGUUCGCCUUGAGCAAAGGUUUGAAGGUCAGGGAUUAUUCAUCGUUCCUUAUGAUGGUACUGUCAGCACACUUCGCAUCAGGGGAUCACAACCGGCCCAAGAAGAUGAGGUCUAUGGCUGCACUGCAUAUAACGCGGGAGGAUCUGUCACGGCCUUCUCUUACGUCACAUUUUAUGAGCGUGUUCCACCUUCUAUAAAAUCCACCUGGGUUACUGGGUCAGUUGGUAUCAAAGUGUCGCUAGAAUCCAGGGACCCAAUCAAGUUGGUGAUCGGAGACAGUUUGCAGGCGUUCACCAAAACUAAGGUGACAAUUGAGUGUCCAGUGUUUGCCAUACCAUUAGCGGAUGUGAAGUGGACCAAAGACGGAGGAUCUUUGCCUAGUAAACACAAAGUGAAUGGUACUAAUUUGGUGCUCAGUGAGGACAGUGGUACAUCCGAUUCGGGACGUUAUUUAUGUGCUGCUACUAACCCCCUGGGAAGAGACGCCUCUUAUUCUGUUAUAACUCUUAUUGAGCCUACUGCACCAAGUAUCAUAACAAGUGAAUUAUCUCUAGAACUGAUUAAUGCAGUGAACUAUAGAGCAACAAUUGGUACCAAUAUAACCACUGUGCUUGGCAACAACAUCACAUUUGUUUGCAUUGCGGAAGGCCUUCCUAGCCCCACUGUCACUUGGUGGAAAGGAGACCUCGAUUUAAAUAGUACUCAGACUUCACUCGUUGUAACUGCUGGUGAUACAAAUGUAACUGGGGCGUAUUCCUGUAAGGCGACUAAUCUGGCAGGCUCCAUAACAACCAGCUCGGUUGUUGCUGUCCUUGAUCGCAUCGCACCAGAGAGAGCAACAGUGCCUCGCAUCAUAACCACGCGAGAAAACCAGGAGGAAUUUGGAGAUCAGAGAACAGUUGAACACCUUGUUGGAGGUAAUGUCACCAUUUUAGAGGGAAGGAACCUUUUGCUAAGAUGCCCGGCCGAGGGAUUACCACAGCCAUCCACCUCUUGGCUUUUUAAUGGUAUUCCUGUUGUAGUCAGUGAUACUCUUCAGUUUGAUCAGGACACAGGAGAUUUGAAAAUUAUUGAGAUGAGUCAAGAAGACGUGGGAGAGUACUCCUGUGUGGCUACCAAUAUCGCAGGAGAAGCUGUAGAAACGUCCUACGCAACUGUUAUUGAGCCAACUUUCCCGAAAAUUGACUCGUCGAACAUUUCCAUAGAGGUGUUUGAUCCUACUCGACAGCCAAUAACUGUAAAGAUUGGAAGUAAAGUAACAACAUUGACUGGAACACCCGUCAUUAUUACUUGUGACGUCUCUGGAUUUCCUGACCCCAAGGUUGCUUGGGUUAAAGGGUACAACCCCGUCACGAGCUCAAACACGGAACGCUUGUUUUUAAGUGAAAACAGAAUAAGCUUGUUAUCAUCCGGUGUGUCUGACUCAGGUCUGUACAUGUGCACAGCCUCAAGCCCCGGUGGACAAGCAGCUGCAGUCUCCAAUAUUACAUUCGUUGAAUCCGUGAAGCCAAGAAUUCUUUUCGCGACAAGAGAACGGGAACUACUUAAUCGUGUCUCACUGAAAGUAUUAAUUGGAGAAAAGUUAACGGUUCUUGAUAAAAGUAAUAUAACAAUAGAGUGUGCUGCCACUGGGGCACCCACGCCAACGCUGUCCUGGAGCAAAGAUAACAUAAAAUUGGAAAAUUCGCAAUCAAGUCUCCUGCUACUGAGCAAUGUUGAACUGAAGGAUGCAGGCCGUUACACUUGCACAGCGGAAAACUUCUUAGGCUUUGUAAGCUAUUCAACAGUGCUGUCUGUGAGAGGUGGUGAAAAGCCGUCAAUCAGGUCGAAGAGUCAUGUGGUGCUCGUCGAUGACAGGAUCACAGCCAUAACACUUGACGUUGGUAGUAAUCUUACUUUGGUUGCUGGCUCGACUGUCACUGUGUUAUGUGAAGUCCAAGGAGAACCUACGCCUGCCAUCAAAUGGUACCAGAAUGGAAAUCAUAUUUCUAGCAAUGUGAACAAGACUUCGUUGAGUGUAGGCGACCCUGUUCGAGUCAAUCUGCAAACCGUGACAUGUACCGGUGACAACAUUUUAGGGACAGCGUCAAAGUCGAGUUACUUUACAAUACUUGAGCCUUCCAAGCCGCAAAUUAUGGUAAACGAGGAGAAGAAAGUUAUCGAAGCACAGAACCGAAGUUCCCAAGUACUAAUCAUCGGCGAUGACCUUAUAGCCCUUACCAAGACAAACAUUACCAUUUCUUGUCCAACUAGCGGCGUACCGAGACCAAGUAUCACCUGGACAAAAGAUGGAAGAAUACUGCGUAAUGAUGGCAGGUAUCAGGUUCAAAGGGAUGGGUCACUGGUGUUUCAUGAGGCUGAUGAAAGGGAUGGUGCUAGAUACACAUGUAACGCUGUUGGCGUUGAUGGGCAAGACAGUGCAUCCAGCAUACUGCAAGUUGUUGAGCCGGCAAAACCUCUCAUUCAGGUUCCCAAACGUGGACAAGAGCUCCCUAUUGAUGAUGUCAGUUUAAUAACUAUGAACGUUGGUGAUAACGUAACAGCAGCUUUAAACACUACCAUCACAAUCAGGUGUCCAGUUAGUGGAGUACCAACACCAACUGUUACCUGGCGGAGAGAUGGCGUAAAUAUUAUCGGAGAUGAUUUGAUUUCAAUCGUGGAUGACAACAGUCUGAUAAUGAAACAACCGAUGGUACAAGACAGUGGUAAUUACACCUGCACUGCUGAAAGCGAGUUUGGGAAAGAUGAAGUAUUUUCCAGCGUACGAAUAAUAGAGCUUGUCAGACCAAAGAUCGACAUUGCACAUAAGCCACAAAUGAUAGAAGCUCAAGACCGAGGUCCACUCAUUCUGAAUAUUGGGGAUAACGCGACAGCACUCACAAAAACAGCGAUCGUCGUUCUGUGUCACGCCAAUGGUGUGCCAACACCUACUGUGACAUGGACGAAAAAUGGACAGAAAUUAUCUCAUGACGAGGGAAGCUCGAAAAUAGUUAACAAUGAUGGUUCCCUACGGAUUGUGUACUCAACAGAGUUUGACAGCGGAGAAUACAGGUGUACCGCAACAAACAUAGUGGGCGAAGAGGCUAUGAAGAGCACAGUUCGGAUAGUGGAACCAAGAAGACCAGUGAUUGAUGUACCCAAAACUGGUGAGGACAUUCCAGUAGGUGAUGGCAGCCCUGUGAUGAUGAACGUUGGUGAUAACGUAACAGCACCUUCAAACACAACCGUCACCAUCAGAUGCCCAGUUAGUGGAGUACCAACACCAAGUGUUACCUGGAAGAAAAACGGAGUGGAAAUUGAAGAAAGGAGGAAGACAAACGUCGCUGCAGAUAACUCCCUUGUGUUUCAAUCAGCUGAAGUACAAGACAGUGCAAAGUACACAUGUACUGCACAGAACAAGUUUGGGAAGGAUGUUGUUUCCUCUGUUGUCGGAAUAGUCGGACACUCCAAGCCUGUGAUAAGCGUUUCUGUUACUCAAAAGGCCAUAGAGGCUCAAGACCGAAGUCCCAUUACCUUGACCAUCGGUGAUAACGCGACAGCUCUUACUGAUUCAAGUGUCACUUUACUGUGUCAUGUCAGUGGUGUACCAAAGCCAAUUGUCACGUGGACUAAAUUUGGUCAGACUAUAGCUACAGGGGGAAGGUACACAGUUCAAGAUAACGGCGAGUUACUGAUUGAUGGAGCAAGGGAGGAAGAUGAGGCUCAGUACAAGUGUACUGCCGUGAACGUUGCUGGCCAGGAUAGUGAAUCCAGCUACAUACGUGUUGUUGAACCAAAGAAGCCAAAGAUUGAGGUCCCCCAAAUUGGACGGGAGAUUCCUGUUGGUGAUGGCAGUCCGGUGUUCAUGAACGUUGGUGAUAACGUGACGAUAGCUUCAAACACAACCAUUACCAUCAGGUGUCCUGUUAGUGGAAUACCAAAAGCAACUGUUACCUGGCAGAAAGAUGGGUCACACGUUGCCGAGGGGGACAGAUAUUCUAUUAAAGAUGACAAAUCUUUGGUUAUCGAAGGAGAGUGGGUUGAAGAAAGGGCCAAAUACACUUGUAUUGUUCAAAGCAAAUUUGGAAUGGAUGAAACCUCCUCUUAUGUCAUGAUUAUAGAGCUAUCAAAACCUGUCAUCGCUAUCCCUGGUGAGCCAAGGGCAAUAGAAGUGAAAGACCAAAGAUCCGUAAUCAUCAACAUUGGUUAUAACCUGACGGCACUUACCAAUACAAGCAUUACCAUUCAGUGUCACGCUAGUGGUGUACCAAAGCCAAAUAUCACGUGGGCAAAAGAUGGGCAGAAACUUUCCGGCAGUGGUAGGUACACUGUUCAAGACGAUGGCUCGUUGCUCAUCAAUAAAUCUGACAAACAAGAGGCCGCCCGAUACAUAUGUACUGCAAAUAAUGUUGCCGGUGAAGACAGCACAGUAAGCACGGUUCAGAUUAUUGAGCCUAAGAAACCAAUGAUCGCGGUCUCUGGGACUGGUCGGGUGAUUCCCGUUGGUGAUGGCAGUCCAGUGAUAAUGGACGUCGGUGAUAACGUAACAGCAGUUUCAAACACAACCAUCACCAUCAGGUGUCCGAUUAGUGGAGUACCAACGCCAACUGUAACUUGGCGUAAGGACAACGUGCCGAUUGUCGAAGAGGCGUUUUCCAUCACGAGCGAUUACCGUUUGGUCCUGAAUGGUUUAGAAGCAGGGCACAUUGCCAAGUAUACAUGUAUCGCACAAAGCGAAUUUGGCACGGAUGAAACUUCUUCAGUUGUUCAGAUACUAGAACGUUCACAGCCUGUCAUUAGGAUUCCAAGUAAACCAAAGAUGGUUGAAGUGAAGGACAGAAGUCCUAUCCUUUUGGAGAUUGGUAAUAACGUGACAGCACUUACCAACACAAGUAUUAUCAUUAAGUGUCAUGUAAACGGUGUACCAACACCGACAGUCACUUGGACAAAAGAUGGCCUAAGGAUCACAAGUAACGAAAUCUACAUGCUUCUGGCUGAUUACUCGUUACGAAUUCGUGAGCUUUACGAAAUAGGCACUGCCCGAUACACCUGCUCUGCAAAAAGUGUAAUUGGUAAAGUCAGUGCAUCCAGCACGGUUCUCAUUGUUGAACCAUCAAAACCGAAAAUUGAAGUCCUUGAAGUCGGCAAAAACAUCCCUAUUGGUGAUGGCAGUCCAGUAACCAUGAACGUCGGUGAUAACUUGACAGCAGCUUCAAACAUUACCAUCACUAUCAGGUGUCCUGUUAGUGGAGUACCAACACCAGCUGUUAUCUGGCUGAAAGAGGGAGCUCCUAUUAUUGAAGGAAGGGAUGUUUCCACCACAGAUGACAAAUCUCUAGUAAUAACAAGAGCGGACUCGGACGACAAUGGAAGAUACUCUUGCACAGCUGUAAAUGUUGCUGGAAUGGAUAAUUCUUCCUCUGAUAUCACCAUAAUAGGCCCCUCUAAACCAAAAGUAAGGAUCCCUGCAAAACCAGUAACGGUGGAACUUCAGGACCAAAAGCCAUUUGUUAUCAGAAUUGGUGAUAAUGUGACAGCACUUACCAAUACUAGCAUUACGAUUCAGUGUCACGCCAGUGGCGUACCAACACCAACCGUUACGUGGACAAAAGAUGGGCAGAAAAUCUCCAGUGGAGACAUAUAUACGAUUGGAACCGAUAACUCAAUGCUGAUCAAGGAUACAAAAGACGUAGGCAGGGCCCGAUACACGUGCACCGCAGUUAGUGUAAUCGGCGAAGACAGCGCAUCAAGUACAGUGCAGGUUGUAGGUCUUUCCAAACCAAAAGUCGACGUUCCUGCAAAAACUCAAACCAUAGAAGCCCACGACAGAAAUCCCAUUACUCUUGGCGUUGGUAAUAACGUGACAGCGCUUACCAACACAAGAAUUACCAUCGAGUGUCGCGCUAGUGGUGUUCCAAAACCAACCGUCGUUUGGUCAAAUGAUAAUCAGAAAAUGAACAGUGACGAUGGAAACAAAAUACAACAGGAAGAUGGUUCAUCAUUGAUCAGAGUUUUUAAAAAAGGGGAAACUGUCCGGUACACGUGCACUGCAACAAAUGUUGCCGGCCAAGACAGUGCAUCAAGCACAGUGGAAGUUGUUGAACCUGUCAAACCUGUGAUUAUAGUUCCCGAAACUGGAAAAGUGAUUCCUGUCGGUGAUGGCAGCCCAGUAACAAUAAAAGUUGGUGAUAACGUGACAGCAGCUUCAUAUACAAACAUCACCAUCAGGUGUCCAAUUAGUGGAGUGCCAACACCAAAAGUCAAUUGGCUCAAGGAUGAUGUACCAAUUGUCGAAGGAGAGGCUUUCUCCAUCACAAGCGAUUACCAUUUGAUCCUGAAGGGUUUAGAAGCUGAGCACAUUGCAAAAUAUACAUGUAUGGCAAAAAGUGAAUUUGGCACAGAUGAAAUUUCUUCGAUUGUUCAGAUAAUAGAACGUUCACAUCCCGUCAUUAGGAUUCCGAGUGAACCAAAGAUGAUUGAAGUGAGGGACAGAAGUCCUAUCUUUCUGGAGAUUGGUAAUAACGUGACAGCACUCACCAACACAACUAUUACAAUUAAGUGUCGUGCAGAAGGUGUACCAACACCAACGGUCACUUGGACAAAAGAUGGUCUGAGGAUCACAAGUAGUGAAAUCUACACGAUUCAGGCUGAUGACUCGUUACGAAUUCGCGAGCUUUACGAAACAGGCACUGCCCGGUACACAUGCACUGCAAAAAGUGUAACUGGUGAAGUCAGCGCAUCAAGCACGGUACUACUUGUUGAACCAUCAAAACCGAUUAUUGAAGUCCUCGAAGCCGGGCAAAACAUCCCCAUUGGUGAUGGCAGUCCAGUAACCAUGAAUGUUGGUGAUAACUUGACAGCAGCUUCAAACACUACCAUCACUAUCAGGUGUCCUGUUAGUGGAGUACCAACACCAGCUGUUACCUGGCUGAAAGAGGGAGCGCCUAUUAUUGAAGGAAGGGAUGUUUUCACUACAGAUAACAAAUCUCUAGUAAUAACAAGAGCGGAGGCGAAAGACAUUGGACGAUACACUUGUAGAAUUGUAAAUGUUGCUGGAAUGGACAAUUCCUCCUCUGAAAUCACCAUAAUAGGGCCCUCCAAACCAAAAGUAAAGAUUCCUGCAAAACCAACAACGGUAGAACUUCAGAACCAAAAGCCAGUUACGAUCAGAAUUGGUAACAAUGUGACAGCACUUACCAACACUAGCAUAACAAUUCAGUGUCAUGCCAGUGGCGUACCAACACCAACCGCUACCUGGACAAAAGAUGGGCAGAAAAUCUCCAAUGGAGACAUAUAUACGAUUGGAACCGAUAAUUCACUGCUGAUCAAGAAUACUAAAGAAAAAGGCAGGACCCGAUACACGUGCACCGCAGUUAGUGUAAUCGGUAAAGACAGCGCAUCAAGCACAGUGCAGAUUGUAGGUCUUUCCAAACCAAAAGUCGACGUUCCCGCAAAACCACAAACCAUAGAUGCCCUCGACAGAAAUCCCAUCACUCUUGGCGUUGGCAAUAACGUGACAGCGCUUACCAACACAAGAAUUACCAUUAAGUGUCGCGCUAGUGGUGUUCCAACACCAACCGUCACUUGGUCAACAGAAAAUCGGAAAAUCCUAAGUGAAGAAGGAGGAUACAUAGUACAGGAGGAUGCUUCAUUGUUGGUCAAAGUAGCUGAUAAGGUGGAUACUGUUCGUUACACGUGCACCGCAGUCAAUUUUGUUGGCCAAGACAGUGCAUCAAGCUCGGUGGUGGUUGUUGAACCGGUCAAGCCUAUGAUUACAGUUCCCGAAACCGGGCAAGUGAUUCCUGUCGGUGAUGGCAGUCCAGUGACGAUAAAAGUUGGUGAUAACGUGACAUCAGCUUCAAACACAACCAUCACCAUCAAGUGUCCAGUUAGUGGAGUACCAACACCAACUAUUACGUGGGAGAAGAAUGGAUUAGAAGUUAUCUCGGGAGAUAAGCUUUUGAUCACACAUAAUAACAGUCUGGUUAUUAAAGAAACAGGAGUAGACGAUAGCGCCAAGUACACAUGUAGGGUAAAAAGUGAAUUUGGAAUAGACGAAAGUUCUUCCUCUAUCAGAAUAUUAGAGCCUAUCAAGCCGCAAAUUAAUAUUCGUGGUGACCCAAAAUCUGUAGAAGCUAAAGAUCGAAAUCCCAUCACCGUAAACAUAGGUGAUAAUGUGACAGCACUUACCAAUACAAGGAUCGUUAUUCGUUGUGACGCAAGCGGUGUACCAACACCAUCCAUUACGUGGACAAAAGAUGGGCAGACAAUUUUUAGCGAUCAACAGUACAAAGUUAUGGAUAAUGGCUCAUUGCUGAUCAUAAAGAAGGUCAAAGAAAGCGCUAAUCGAUACAUGUGCACCGCAAUCAGCGCAUCAGGUCAAGAUAGCGCGUCAAGCAUGGUGGAGAUUUUUGUGCCAACCAAGCCGGUGUUCGACGUCCCUGAAAUUGGACGUGAGAUCCCUAUGGGUGAUGGCAGCCCUGUAAUGAUUAACGUUGGUGAUAACGUAACAGCGGCUUCAAAUACAACCAUUACCAUCAGGUGUCCAGUUAGUGGAAUACCAACACCAACUGUUACGUGGGAGAAGAAUGGAGUCUUACUUUUUAGCGAAAAAGAAAUUUCAGUGGAGAAGGUAAACUCCCUGGUUAUUAGAGGGACAGAAGCAGAAGAUAGCGGAAAAUACACUUGCCGAGUUUUAAGUGUGGCUGGAAUGAAUAAGUUGUCUUCUGUGGUAACUAUUGUAGGUCAUUCUAAGCCGAAAAUUAAAAUUUCUGAUGUACCGAAGACAGCAGAAUCUCAUGAUAGAAAACCUCUUACCAUAAUCAUUGGUAAUAACGUGACAGCACUCACCGACACGAAUAUCAUCAUUCAGUGUAACGCCAGUGGUGCACCAACACCAACAGUCACGUGGACCAUAGAUAGUCACAGUAUUUCAAGUGGAGAGAAGUACAAAAUUCAGGAUGACGGGUCACUGCUAAUCAGUAAAACGUCACAAAAAUACAUUGCUCGGUAUAACUGCAUAGCAGAAAGUGUUGCUGGUAAAGACAGUGCGUCAAGUACAGUGCGGAUUGUUGAACCAACCAAACCAGUAAUCAAUGUCCCUGAUGUCGGACGAGACAUUCUAAUGGGUGAUGGCAGUCUAGUGAAGAUGAACGUUGGUGAUAACGUGACAGCAGCUUCGAACACUACCAUCACAAUCAGGUGUCCAGUUAGUGGAGUGCCGAAGCCCUCUGUUACUUGGCAAAGGAAUGGUAUUCAAAUCACUGAAGGAAGCAGGUUUUCGAUUGCUUAUGACAACACUCUGGUCAUUAAAGGAGCGAUAUCUCAAGACAGCUCAAAGUAUACGUGCACCGUUCAGAGUGAGUUCGGAAAAGACAAUACCUCCUCUACUGUGCUGAUUAUAGCACAGUCCAAGCCAACUAUAAAUAUAUCUGAUGUGUCAGAGACGAUAGAAGCUCAAGACUCGAGUCCAGUCACUAUAACCAUAGGGGAUAAUGUGACAGCACUUGCCAAUACAAAUAUAACUAUUCAAUGUCAGGCCAGUGGCGCACCAAAACCGUCAGUCACGUGGUCAAAGGACAAUGAGAAACUUUCCAGUGGGGACAGAUAUACAGUUCAGGUCGAUGGCUCGUUGCUUUUAAUCAUUGGGACUAGGAUAGAGGAUUCCGCUCGAUACACGUGCACUGCAGAAAGUGUUGCUGGCACAGAUAGUGCAUCAAGCAAGGUGCAGGUUGUUGAGCCAAGAAAACCAAUCGUAGAAGUCUCAGGAACCGGGAAAGAAAUCCCUGUUGGUGAUGGCAGUCCAGUAACUAUGAAUAUCGGUGAUAACGUGACAGCAGCUUCAAAUACUACCAUCACAAUCAGAUGUCCAGUUAGUGGUGUACCAACACCAGCUGUUACCUGGGAGAAAGAAGGACUUACACUGACAUCGGAAGAGAAAAUUUUUAUCGUCAAUGAGAGCUUAUUGAUCAUCAGAGAGUCUAAAGAAGAAAACAGUGGAAGAUACAUUUGCAAAGUUAAAAACGGCUUCGGCGAAGAGAGCUUAUCCUCCAUCGUCAGAAUUUUGGGACCCUCUCAGCCCAAAAUAAGGACUCCUACGACGCCCAAGACGAUAGAAACUCAAGACCGAAAACCUAUUACCAUAGUCAUUGGUGAUAAUGUGACAGCACUUACCAAUACGAACAUUACCAUUCAGUGUCAUGCCAGUGGCGUUCCAGCACCAACUGUCACGUGGAGCAAAGAUGGUAAAGUUGUAAACAGUAAAGGUAGUUACACAGUUAAGGAUGAUGGCUUAUUGGUGAUCAAUGGAGCUGCCCACGAGGACUCCACUCGAUAUACGUGUACUGUCGAUAAUGCUGCUGGUACAGACAGCGCGUCAAGCACGGUGCGGAUUGUAGGUCCUAUAAAGCCUGGGAUUGAAAUCAACAAGACUUCUCAGGAGAUUCCUGUUGGUGAUGGCACUCCAGUGAUUAUAAAAGUUGGUGAUAACGUGACAGUAGCUUCAAACACAACCAUCACCAUCAGGUGUCCGGUUAGAGGAGUACCGCCACCAACUGUUACCUGGGAGAAAGAUGGAGUACUGAUUUUAGAAGGUGGCAGAUUUGCAUUUAUGCCCUUUAACAACUCGUUGGUUAUCAGAAGAGCGACCAAGGCUGAUAUCGCCACGUACACUUGUCGUGUCCAAAAUUUCUUUGGAACGCAUAAGUUAUCUUCUACAGUGAAUAUAAUUGAUCCAGUGAGCCCUCAGAUAAUAUAUUCUUUAGGAGAUGUAGCUUGGUUCAGUGAAAAACCUGUCAACAUUACCAUUGGACAACAUCUGGUCACGUUAGUCGAUACUGUGUUAUCCAUUCAUUGUGCCGCAAAAGGCAUUCCUAUACCAAAGGUUACCUGGGCCAGAGGAAAUCAGUCCCUUCCUUCUGACGGCCGAAUGAAUGUUAAAAACGGCACUCUUCUCAUCGUAAAACUAGAAACUUCUGACAGCGGAAAGUAUACGUGCUCAGCACAAAAUUCUGCAGGAAUCGCAUCAGAAUCCUCAAUCGUGACAGUUGCAGUGCCUACACCGCCAGAAAUCACUCAAACAGGAAUUAAAGAUCUUCAGGUCCUUGAGCCUAAAUCCGAAAAGGCAGUUGUUGGAAGCACAGUUCUUACAAUUAGUGGUAACAAUUUGUCAUUGACUUGCGACGUGACGGGCUUUCCACCUCCUUCCAUUGAAUGGGCAAAAGAUGGUGCCGUACUGGGAGCAGAUGGAUCGGUCUUACGCCUUUUAUCUGUUGACGUUGACGACACUAGUGUUUAUACAUGCACAGCUACAAGUCCCCUAGGACAGGUAGACUCACAGAGUACGAACUUAACGGUUAUAGCUCUUCAAGUUCCCAAAAUAACAAUUAACGAUGCCAACGUAGAGUUGCUAAAGAUGACAAACGUUUCCGUUACCAUUGGAGGUAAGGUAACUACGUUAGACAGAAACAAAGUGAGUAUCGUCUGCCAGGUUACCGGAGUUCCAAGCCCAGAAAUUACGUGGGAAAGAGACGAAGUUGAACUUCAAAAAGGGGGAGUGUUUUACACAAUAGAGAGUGUUACUCCGAAGGAUAGUGGACGAUACACUUGUGUUGCCAAAAAUGUCGGCGGCGAAGUCAAAGCGACGACACAACUUCAAGUACUUGCUGGAAAGGCUCCUACAAUUGACUCCUUGAAUAGAAGUCUGGUCCAUCUGAGAAUCGAUUUCUACGCAAUAACCAUUGGAACUAACCUUACUACCCUGGCGAGCUCAGGUCUAGAAAUCAUUUGUCCCGCCAGUGGAUUUCCUAAGCCUUCCAUUCAGUGGUUCAGAGAGGGUGACCCUGUAGAACCUGGAAUGAUGCUUAACGUGGACGAAGAAACAGGAACACUAUUUACACUCAGCAUAUCACAUCGGAAGGGAGGAAGAUUCUCUUGCAAAGCCAGUAAUGCAUUAGGAUCAGUGUACGCUUCGUCUUUCAUCGCUGUUCUCGUUCCUGGAGCUCCUCAGAUUAAUGUUUCCCGUGUGCCGGUACAAUCUCUGGACAGUCGAGAUCCUGCUUUUAUCACCAUUGGUCAAACACUUUCUGUUCUGAACGGAACAAAUUUGUCCAUUGCAUGCCCUGUUAGUGGUAUACCUGAGCCAGUCGUUACCUGGAGUCGACAAAAUAAAGACUUGGACACGAAUGGGCGAGUUGUUAUCAAGGACUCGGUUCUAACUAUCUUACGUGUGACAAAUACUGAUACCGGCAUUUACCUUUGCAAAGCGGUCAAUCUUGCUGGAGAUGUUACCGCCAACUCCAAUGUGACUGUACUUGAAACCUCCGCACCAUUGAUCUCAAGAGUUAGCCAGCCUUUACAGAUCCUUAACAGUGGUUCAUUCACGGUAGACGUUGGUUCGAUUGUGACGACGGUGGCUGGUAACGGGUUAUUCUUAAGGUGUAAUACUAAAGGAGUACCCACCCCCAAAAUUAUCUGGAGUAAGGACAGCAUCCCAUUAAAUGUUGAAGGCUCAUUGUAUAUAUUAAAGUCACUUAGUGCUUCGGAUUCCGGAUCAUACCAAUGCGUUGCCUCCAACAUCGAUGGAGCUGAUAAAGAGGACAUACAGAUUGUUGUCUUAGAUGGCAAUGCACCUAAAAUCACAAGCUCAGGGGAAAAUAUUAUAGCAAUAAGCGGUGAAAAGCAACUACAGAUUACGAUUGGUGAUAACUUAACCACUGUCAUCGGAACAGACAUAGAUAUCUUAUGUCCAGUCGUGGCCUUGCCUAAUCCAACAAUCACGUGGUUGUUCAAUGGUUCGGCGAUCAAAGAGGGAAAUCCACGUCUCGUAAAGGUCGCGAAAACGGUAUUGAAUCUUGCUGGUGUCACACCGGAGGAUAUUGGCUCUUACACAUGCCAUGCCAAUAACACUUUUGGGAAGGACAUAAAGACUACGUUUUUGUCUCUGAUCAUUCCAGUGGAACCGAAGAUCAUGUCUUCAAAUAAAGACCUCAGGGACUUCAAAUCUGUGAGUCACCGGCUUGUUAUUGGUGAUGAUCUGGACGCUGUCGAGGGUUCUACAGUAUACAUAAGCUGUCCAACUACAGGAAAUCCUGUCCCUGAAAUACAUUGGAAGACACCUGGUGUUUUGAUCUCCAGCAGCGAAAGGUUACGGAUUUUGAACAAUACACUUGGAAUUUUGGAUGGUACCUGGUCUGACUCUGGCAUCUACUCAUGCAUAGCCACCAACGGUGCCGGAUCUGAUGAGAUGGCAACUCGGGUUAAUUUUAUGGCACCCAAGAAGCCUUCCAUUAGAGGCGAUCCCAUUGAUAUCGAGUCUUUUGAUCGGCAACCUGUAACAGUGGCAGUUGGUGGUACUGUAAAGGUUUUGGAGAAGACAACUGUGAACAUCCAGUGCGUGGCUUCGGGGAUUCCUGAACCUUCUGUCUCUUGGAAUAGCAGCAGUAAUGAUAUGCAACCAGCUAACAAAUUUGAUGUGAAUCAAGGUGGACAAUUGUUGACGAUUCGUGAUGUUGACCCGACAGACUCUGGGACGUACUUGUGCAGUGCUGUGAAUAAAGCUGGCGAGGACUCUCGUGCGGCUGUGUUAGAAGUUAUUGAACCCUCUCUUCCAAAGAUAGCGACAUCCGACACUUCUGUUUCAUGGUAUAACAGAAAGCACAGAAUACUUCCCGUUGGGGGAAGAGUUGAAGUGCUCUCUGGAACGAAAGUGACCUUGACUUGUGAAUACUCGGCUUUUCCGGAAGCGAAUGUCAAGUGGAUUGUUUUAGAUGUAGAAGGUGAUCCUUUACCAGACGUUGGAUAUGAGGUCAUUAACGGUUCACUUCUACUGAUGGCGUUACGGCCAUCUGAUUCAGCUCAGUAUGUUUGCUCUGUGGAAAACGUAGCGGGAACGGCAUCCGCAUCUACAAUACUUAAAGUCGUUGAUCCUCAGCCACCAUCAAUAAGCUCUUCCCAAGAAAGCAUCAUUUCUCUAUCGGAUCGUCUUCCUGUACAAGCUAUCGCUGGUAAUGUCGUCACCGUUCUGUCUGGCACGAGUAUUACAGUCACUUGCUCUGCUGACGGGUUGCCCACUCCGUCAUUAGCCUGGAGCAGAGAAGAGCAGCUGAUUCCUACGACGCAAUCUGGUAUUCUCAGAGUUGAAAAUUCCACUGCAGAAGAUUCGGGAGAUUAUCUCUGUACUGCCAUGAGUGAAGUUGGUGUCGAUCAGGAGUCUACGAAAAUCACAGUCAUCGAACCAAGAGAGCCUCGUAUUCGUCCACCUGAAGGCGACAGAAUCCCUCUUACCAACGCUACCCUUGUGAAAGUUACAGUAGGAAGUGAAGUUACAGUACUAACACAGUCUCAAAUCAAUAUCACGUGUGUCGUAAGCGGUAUACCAAAACCAAAUAUUACGUGGCUGAGAGAUGGAGAGCGAUUGGAGGCUGAGGAAGGCAGUUUUUUAGUGUUGAACAUUCAGGAUGUGAACGAUGCUGGGCGGAUCACAUGUCAGGCCGAGAAUAUGGCAGGAAAAGCAGCGUUAAGCACCAUUAUCAAUGUCAUAGAGCCUGCGAUUCCACGUAUUACAUCUGAUACAGGAACAAUCGAUGCGCUAAACAAGAGAAGAGCUGUAACGGGAUCUGUUGGUGUCACUGUGAAGAUGUUCACAGCUACAUCUCUGACUCUGAGAUGUUAUACUGAAGGAUCUCCCGAGCCGACUGUAUCGUGGAGUAAGAAUGGCCAACAACUAGAUUCCAAGGGUAGAAUCUCCAUAUCUGAUGAUGGUGCAAUGACCAUAACGAACACUCGGACACAUGACACCGGACGCUACAGAUGUUUAGCAAAGAAUAUUAUCGGCAAAGCUUCUGUAGCCUCUUCUGUGUAUGUUCGAGCUCCCAUGGCUCCUACAAUAAGAAAAUCCGACGCCUACAUCAUUUGGUAUGAGAGCCAACCAUUUAAAGCAAAAAUUGGAGAUAAUUUGACAACAUUGAAAGGAAGGAGGUUAACCCUGACUUGCCCUGCCGUUGGAGUCCCAAAACCAGCUGUGUCUUGGUACAGGGGUGGGAUGAAAAUGAGGAGCGGUAAAAACUAUCUUGUGAUUGGUCAGACGCUGAUCAUGUACAGACUCGAUCCUAUGGACACAGAUCGCUACACCUGCGUGGCAAGGAACUUCGCGGGGGUCAAGACUGCUACCAGUACACUGAAAGUUCACGAACCCAUGGCACCUGAUAUAAUGUCAUCUUAUGGCAGUGCGGAAUCUCUGCAGGACUGGACACAUUUUAAUUUUACUAUUGGAACAGACGUGGCUAUCUUACAGGGAAGUCCGAUGACAAUCAAGUGCCCAGUUAUUGGCGUACCAGAACCAAAAAUCGGCUGGAUAAAAGAUGGCAAGAUGUUAACUUCUAAUGAUCGCAUGGACAUGGACUGCGUUGGUACUCUAAACAUUUACAAGCUUGAGCUUGAAGACUCCGGGGAUUAUGUCUGUACCGCUCAAAGCUUUUUGGGAAUGGAUAUUGCAUUUAGUGCUGUAACGGUUAUUGAGGCCGUCAAACCGACAGUUGACAUCUCCAAUAGGGCGUACAUUAGCAGUGGCGAACUUAUAGACAUGCAAGUCGGAGACAACCUCACAGCCAUACUCACCACUCCUGUCAACAUCAACUGCACAGCUUCAGGAGUCCCUAAACCAAGCAUGACUUGGGAAAUGAACGGAAAACAACUGGGUAAUGGUGGAAACUACAACACUGGCAACAACGGAGCCCUUAUCAUCAGAGGAGUCCAAGAUCCUGGAGAGUUCACGUGUGUUGCACAGAACUUUGUUGGCCAGGAUGGUGCAUCAAGCUUUAUUGCUCUGUUAGAUCCUAGAAAGCCUAUGAUAAAAAGUUCUGACGAACCAAAGACGAUAGAAUCUAUGGAUCAAAAUCCUCUCGCAAUGAUCGUUGGAGACAACGUGACAGCACUUACUAAUACAAGUGUUACCGUUCAAUGUAACGCCAGCGGCGUACCACCACCAAUUAUCACUUGGACACAAGAUGGUCGGAAAAUAAGCAGUGGAGAUAGAUACGCAAUUCAGGAUAGUGGGUCGCUUUUUAUCCGCGAGCCUGAUAAAUCAGACACUGCUCAAUACACGUGUACUGCAGAAAAUGUUGUUGGUAAAGUUAGUGCGUCAAGCAUAGUGCAGAUCGUAGAACCCGUCAAACCAGUAAUCGAAGUUCAAAGACCUGGACGAGUGAUUCCUGUUGGUGAUGGUAGUCCAGUGACCAUAGACGUUGGUGAUAAUGUGACAGCACCUUCAAACACAACCAUCACCAUCAGGUGUCCAGUUAGUGGUAUACCAAAACCAGUUAUUUCAUGGGAAAGAGACGGCGUGCAGGUUACUCCGGAGGGGAGGCUGUCAAUUAGCAGUGAUAACAGUCUGGUGAUUAAAGAAGCGGGUGUUGAUGAAGGCGCUAAUUACAAGUGUAGCGUCCAAAGCAUUGCUGGAACGGACAGUGUUUCCUCAACUGUCAGCAUAGUAGAACUGUCCAAACCGGUGGUGAAGAUUCCUGACAAGCCUAAGACCUCAGAAGCUCAAAACAAGAGUCCUAUCAUCAUGAACAUCGGCGAUAACAUGACAGCACUUACCGACACGAAUAUCACUAUUCAGUGUCACGCCAGCGGUGCUCCAAAACCAACAGUCACUUGGUUAAAGAACGGUCAGAAAAUCCGCAUCGACAGCAAGUACGCGGUCCAGGAUGAUGGUUCACUGAUUAUCAGAGGAACAGAUAAAGGAGACACCGCCCGAUACAGUUGCAUUGCGGAAAGUGCGACUGGUAAAGACAGUGCCUCGAGUGUCGUGAUGGUUGCGGAGCCUAAAAAGCCGGUUGUUUCUGUAUCUGAAACUGGUCAAAAGAUUCCGAUUGGUGAUGGUAGUCCAGUGACUAUGAACGUUGGUGAUAACGUGACAGCAGCCUCAAACACUACCAUCACCAUUAGGUGUCCAGUGAAUGGAGUACCAACACCAACUGUUACUUGGGAGAAAAAUGGAGUGGAAAUUAUCCCUGGCGAUGACAUCAUGAUCACAAGGGAUAACACCUUGGUGAUUGUAGCAGCAACGUCUGAAGAUAACGCCCAGUACAUUUGUCGCGCCCGUGGUCUUACUGGCACCGACAGUGCUUCUUCAACAAUUGAAAUUAUUGAGCCUUCCGGGCCUACAAUAGAAAUCCCCGACCAGCCAAAGACGAUCGAGUCUACGGACCAAAGUCCCAUUGUAACGACCAUUGGUGACAACGUGACAGCAGUUAUUAAUACAAGCGUUACCAUUCGAUGUAACGCCAGUGGAGUACCAAUACCUACUGUUACGUGGACAAAGGAUGGCAAGAAAAUUGUAAAAGAAGACAGAUACAGCAUUCAGGAUGAUAGCUCUUUGCUUAUUAAGGAUAGCAACAAAGAAGACACUGCUCGAUACACGUGUACUGUAGAAAGUGUUGCUGGUAAGGAAAGUGUAUCAAGCACAGUACAAAUUAUUGAUUUGAAGGGGCCAUUAAUUUUAGUUCCAAAGCCAGGCCCAAAGAUAUCAAUUGGAAACGGUUACCCAGUAAUUACAACAAUUGGUAGUCAAAUCACUGAGAUUGCUUUUGUUAAAAUCUCCCUGACUUGUCCCACACAAGGAUCACCUCCUCCAAACAUAACCUGGAAAAAAGACGGAAAAGAGUUGGUAUCCGGUAAUGGGUAUGUUAUUGAUAACAAAGGCACACUGACUAUUCUGGAGGCUCUCACCGAAGACUCGGGGAGAUAUUCUUGUUUGGCACAGAAUGUUGCCGGUAAAGAGGAAGUGACGUCACCCAUCGAUAUUCUAGAACCUGCGGAACCCAUCAUCUUGCCGUCACAAGGAACUGACAUUUCAGAUGACCACAACCAAAUCACCACUGGAGUAGGUACAAAGAUUGAUACUAUCAAUGGCACCACAGUUGUGAUAGCAUGCAAUGUUAAGGGUGUUCCGAAACCCACGGUGAGUUGGUCUAAGGAUGGUCAGAGCAUAUCGUCACACGACGGCGUAACAUUUGCUUCAAACGGAACGUUGAUUAUCCGGGUAUCUAAAGCUGAAGACAGCGGUAAUUACACGUGCACUGCCAGCAGUCGGUCAGGGAUUGAUAGCGCCACAUCUCCUGUAACAGUCUCAAUUACAAGGAAGCCCUCGAUAGAGCGUUCCGAUAGAGAUGUGUUCUGGGAGUCAUACAGUCCCUUGAAGGUCACUGUGGGUAAUAAAGUUGAGAUCAUUGAUGGUUCGUCCGUUACCUUGGUAUGUAAAUCCAGUGGUAUUCCUCUGCCUUCGUUGAGGUGGACACGUGGUAUCGAGACAUCAUCAGUUUAUGAGAAAUAUGACAUCGAGGAAGAAACGCUGACCAUCAGCAAUAUUCAGAUUGGAGACGCUGAUAACUUUACAUGUACGGCGACUAACAUGGCAGGGCAGGAUACAGUCACCACAGAACUAAUAGUCCUGGAACAUAGAGAACCAGUCAUUCUAUCAAACAAGGUGAAUUUAGUUGACGUUAACAACAGUAAACCCGUCGUUGUUCCCAUCGGCGCCAACAUGACGACCGUUAUCAAUGCCACGAUCAUCAUGAAGUGUGUUACAGAGGGCUCACCCACACCUACUGUCUCGUGGAACCACAAUGGGCGGCUUAUUACCACUGGGGACAGGCACCAAGUGAAUCAUACGGCAUUGAUGAUUGAAAAUGUUCAGCUAGGUGACGCAGGCCGUUAUGAUUGUACAGCAACCAAUAAGUUCGGUCGUGAUGAUGAGUCACUAUUGCUAACCAUCACAGUUCCGCCUUUGAUCAGCAAUGUGAAAGGCUCGUUUGAGAUAACCGACAUCAGACAGCUUAUCUCCAUAACAACGGGAGCAGUGGUCACCAUUCCUAGAGGCGUGUCGGUCCGAAUAAAAUGCCUGGCAACGGGCAUUCCACAACCGGAUAUAACUUGGUAUAAACGAGACCAAAAUCACAAGGAAAGAACGCUAGUGGUACCCAACGCGCAUUUGAAGAUACUGAAAGACAAUUCCCUUUCUAUAAAGCACACUUUAGUGGUUCAUGCUGCCUUUUAUACUUGUGUUGCGACUAAUAUCGCUGGACAAGAUGAAGGAACAACCCACUUGAACAUUGGAACACCUCCAGAGAUCCCAAGUUAUUGGCAAGGAAUGAAAUCUCGAUUUAACGACCGCGCUAGACAUCUAAAAGCUGCAGGUGCAUCUGCUACAAUAGUGAAAGGAGCAACUUUAAACAUUAGAUGCGCUGCUGUGGGAACACCAAAACCCACUAUCAAGUGGAUUGUGGCGACUUCAGGCCGACAGAGUCGAUACACUGUCUUACAUGACGGUACAUUGGAGGUACCUAACGCCGAACUUAUGGAUGAAGGAAACUACACUUGCAUUGCAAACAAUUCAUAUGGGACACUAAAUAGGACUACAACCGUUAGCAUUUUGGUUCCGCCCCAAAUCCUUGAGCGUCAUUUUCGGCAUCUUUACGAUAAGAAAGGAAUUGAAGGUUAUGCAAUGGCUCACAUGGAAGUUAAAAGAAGGAAAGUAUCUUCGCUAACGGUGAAACAAGGUUACAAUUUAGUGUUAAUAUGUACUGUGAGUGGAAAACCCAAACCUCACGUAACGUGGACACGGAAUAGAGUUCUGAUCAAGAAUGACACUCGACAUUUACUGUUGCCCAAUGGAGUGCUGUUGGUUCGUCGCAUUCUUGUUAAGGAGUCUGGCCAAUAUAAAUGUGUUGCAACCAACGUAGUCGGAAAAGAUCAAGGAACUGUACAGCUUACUGUGAGAGAUCAAGGCAAAGGGUAUUGGGAAGCUUCAGAGUGGAGCCAAUGUGGCAAUUGUGUGUCUCAUCGCCGUGGCUGGCAGGAAAGACACAUCAGUUGUAUUGGUCCAGGAAAUGCAGUUGCUAAUGACCUCCAUUGUAUUCAUAAGCCUAAACCAAUCAAACGCCGUAAAUGUACUCACAAAGACUGUGAAGUGAUGUGGCGGGCGUCAGCUUGGUCAGCGUGUUCGCGUACUUGUGGUUUACAUGGAAUCAAGCUACGCAACGUUCAAUGCGUAUUUGUUAAGAGCUUAAACCUAGCUACAGGUCAAUGUCACUGGCAGGAAAAACCCUCCCUGCAGGAACCUUGUAACAGAAAGUCUUGUACUAAAGCGAAUUGUGUCGACAAAGUCAAGUAUUGCGAAAAGGUCAAGAUAAUGAGAAUGUGCCCGGUGUAUUCUCGCUGGUGUUGCAACACGUGCCACUCCUGAAUAAGCGCGCAAAGAUAAAGUUAUCCUUAAAAUUUUGCAUAGUUAAAUAUUCUAUUUAUUUAAACGAAACCUGUAAGAGCAAUUGUACUAAUGUCAUCUGGAAGCCGUUGAAAGCCUUGUUUAGUGCCGAUACAGUUUGAAGGUAAUACAGGCAAUGUUUGAGGUGUAGGAAGAUUUUAGUCACCUCCUUGAGAACUCGAACUAAAUUAUGAAAUGUUCAGAUUUGCAUUUUCUCAAUUUAAAUUCAGGAAUAUUUGUGUUUGUCUGUAAAUCUACCUAAAAAAAUCAAACUCAAGUGGAGAUCACUGAAAAGAUGUCUACAUAUCGACAAAGAGCCGUGCAAGCUUACUAUAGCAUAGAGAGGACACAUGCAUAGAGAGUACAUAUACAUCACGUGACAUGGCUAUUAUAGGAAUAUCGUUAUUUGAAAAAGUAAAAUUGCUAUCUUUAUUUGUCAAUGAA